UAAAUUUUAGACUGGUUUAAAAUCGAGGACUUGCUGAAUUGACUAGAAGUCUUUCUCCUUGGGCCAAGGUGACCUCUCAUGUUUAGCCAAAUGGAAACUUUCCUGCCAGCAGCAUCAUGUUCAUUUUUCAAUAGCCUACUGCUACCUGAGGCAGAAUGUUGUUAAGAAAUAAGGAAAAAGAUGCAAAAGCAACCAGAGGUCCAGACAAAUCUGAGCAGAUUUCAUCUUGAGCUUCCUAGAGCACCGAAGUGAAGUCAGAGAGUGAAGCCUGAGAGGAAGGUGGCCAGGUGAGAGUAUCCGGAAUUUAAUGCAGAAGUAUCUUAAUGAGAGAGGUGAAUUAACAUUUGACAAGAUUUUCAAUCAGAAAAUUGGUUUUUUGCUUUUUAAAGAUUUUUGUUUAAAUGAAAUUGAUGAAGCUGUCCCUCAGGUGAAGUUUUAUGAAGAGAUCAAAGAAUACGAAAAGCUUGAUUCUGAAGAAGAGCGUCUCCGGAGGAGCCGGCAGAUUUACGACACAUUCAUAAUGAAGGAGCUUCUGUCUUCUUCCCAUGUAUUCUCAAAGCAAGCUGUAGAGCAUGUACAAACUCAUCUAGCCAAGAAAAAAGUGCCCUCAAAUCUUUUCCAGCCAUACAUAGAAGAAAUUUGCGAUAGUCUUCGGGGCAACAUAUUUCAAAAAUAUAUUGAAAGUGACAAGUUCACUAGAUAUUGUCAGUGGAAAAAUGUUGAGCUAAAUAUCCAUUUGACCAUGAAUGAUUUCAGUGUACAUAGGAUUAUCGGCCGAGGAGGAUUUGGUGAAGUAUAUGGUUGCAGAAAAGCUGACACUGGAAAAAUGUACGCAAUGAAAUGCUUGGAUAAAAAGAGGAUCAAGAUGAAACAAGGAGAGACGUUGGCCUUAAAUGAGAGAAUCAUGCUGUCCCUUGUCAGUACAGGGGAUUGCCCUUUCAUUGUGUGUAUGACCUAUGCCUUCCAUACCCCUGACAAGCUGUGCUUCAUCCUCGACUUGAUGAAUGGGGGAGAUUUGCACUAUCACCUCUCACAGCACGGGGUGUUUUCUGAAAAGGAAAUGAAGUUCUAUGCUGCCGAAAUCAUCCUGGGCUUAGAGCACAUGCACAACCGUUUUGUGGUUUACAGAGAUUUGAAGCCUGCCAAUAUCCUUUUGGAUGAAUAUGGACAUGUGAGGAUAUCAGAUCUUGGGCUUGCCUGCGAUUUUUCCAAAAAGAAACCACAUGCUAGUGUCGGCACCCAUGGCUACAUGGCUCCCGAGGUGCUCCAGAAGGGGACCGCGUAUGACAGCAGCGCCGACUGGUUCUCUUUGGGGUGUAUGCUCUUCAAGCUUCUACGAGGUCACAGCCCUUUCCGGCAACACAAAACGAAAGACAAGCACGAGAUCGACCGGAUGACGCUCACAGUGAACGUGGAACUUCCUGAUGCAUUUUCUCCUGAAUUAAAAUCCCUUCUGGAAGGGUUGCUACAAAGAGAUGUCAGCCAGCGACUGGGCUGCCUGGGAAAUGGUGCAGAGGAAGUCAAAAGCCACAUAUUUUUCAGAGGCGUCGACUGGCAGCACGUCUACUUGCAGAAGUAUCCUCCACCGCUGAUCCCUCCCCGGGGUGAGGUAAAUGCUGCAGAUGCUUUUGAUAUCGGCUCAUUUGAUGAAGAGGAUACCAAAGGCAUUAAGCUGCUAGAUUGUGAUCAGGAGCUUUACAAGAACUUUCCUCUGGUAAUCUCUGAACGCUGGCAGCAGGAGGUGGCUGAGACAGUCUACGAGGCGGUGAAUGCAGACACAGAUAAGAUCGAGGCCAGGAAACGGGCCAAAAAUAAGCAGCUUGGCCAUGAAGAAGAUUAUGCCUUAGGGAAGGACUGUACUUUACACGGAUACAUGUUGAAACUGGGAAAUCCAUUUUUGACGCAGUGGCAACGUCGUUAUUUUUACCUCUUUCCAAACAGACUUGAGUGGAGGGGGGAGGGAGAAUCACGGCAAAACCUAGUGACAAUGGAACAGAUUGUGUCAGUGGAAGAAACUCAGAUUAAAGACAAAAAAUGCGUUUUGCUGAGGAUAAAAGGAGGAAAACAACUGGUCCUACAGUGUGAGAGUGACCCUGAGUAUGUGCAGUGGAAAAAAGAAUUGGUAGAAACCUUUACGGAGGCCCAGAGGUUAUUAAGGCGGGCUCCAAAGUUCCUUAACAAACCUCGACCGACUGUCGUGGAGCUUUCGAAGCCUCCACUCAGCCACAGAAACAGCAAUGGCCUUUGACAUGAAGGGACUCUUAUGAGAGACUGUGAGCGCCACAAAGUACUGUGUCCCCACCCCCACGCAGGGCGUCAUGUGGAAGAAGAGGGCACAGAGCUGGGAGUUUGGGCACAAGCUCGUUGGCUGGCCUGGACGGCAGCUGUGAUGACCAGACAAGGAAGCAGAGGAGUUCUCAGUGACGGGAACCAAGUGUUCGCACGUGGUGCGGUGGCCGCUUCUCACUCUCAUGUCAUUACACCCUGGCGGUGUUGGGAAUCGCCCAUUCUUUUAAACUACUGAAGAAAUGAAGAUUUUGUUUUCUUUGCUACACACUUUAUUUUGGUCUAUACUGAACCUAGAACUUGAAGUGGUUACUACUUAGCCCUUAAAUUUUGACGUUCAAUAUCCAGCCUAUCUCCAGAUCUUCUCAGGAGGAGCUUGGGACCGACAGUGUGCAAUGGUAGAUUGCCUUCCAUGUUACCGUAGUGGAUCCGGCCUUGCUGGUGUGAUCUGUCUUUGCUCCGUACUCCUGGUGACAAACAACCAUGUGAUUCUCUGAUGCCCUCAGACACUGUCUUCUUUUUGUCUGGGGCUACAAGGUGUAGAUUCUUUAUGAAAAGUCUAGACUUUGGCCCAGCUCAUUGUUUGUUGUACUCACACAUACUAGCUGCCACUGUCGUCCUUGUGACUUGGGGGUCUAGCAGUAACCAUUGAGGAAGGGGGAAUUAGAGGAGCAGAAUGUAGAAUUCUGUUUAUCAGUUAGCGAUGUAAGCAGUUUUGGAAUGGAUUUUUGGGGUGGUUGACGGUGAACUUGAAGGCAUUUUUUUUUUCAAAUUCAGGGCAAAUUGCACUUUUAAAAAAAACCUUUGAACCUAUUAUGCCCCAGUGGACAUGCUGAGGUAGCCACGGUGGGGCUCUGGUACGCAUUCUUCGAAGUAGUUCUUUGCCUGUCUUUUUGACAGUUGGAUUUUUCUGCAUUUAAAAAACGAGUGACCUUUCAACACAGUGAUUCCAACUCUUCAUUCUCACUGGUCCCUCCAAAUGUGUGUCCGUGAGAGGUGAUGUCAUGUGACGAAGAAGAACUCAUGUUGCUGUUUGCAUUUUUUUAUAGAAUGAAAAUUUUUAUUAACAGGUGUUAAAAUUAUGAAAAGUGAGUGUCCCAAGUGGGUUUUAAAAUACAUACGUACAUACAUACAUACAUACAUGUCCACUUUCUUUGCAUAAUACCAUUCAUACGCCCUAAGCAAAUUUAUUCUGCACAGCAGGCUAUAAUAGUCUAUUAGCGAUGCCGUGGCUUGGAGGGCUGGGCCAAUUCAGGAAUCUUCUUCCUGGUUACCUGUGACUUAUUUCCUCUGUUCUGAGACGCUCCUUCUGUGCCCCUUUCAUGCACAAAACAAACUCUCCAUUCUCAGAACUGUUUUUCUUCAUAGCAACGUGCCAAGUGCCAACAGACUCAAGAAAUGGUGUAGAAAGUCACUUCUCUUUUGUGUGUGCAAUUGUAUCAUGCCUGUGAAAAGAACUAACAGUUUGAAUAACCCUCCCCUCUGCUCUGCCUUCCCCUGCCAUUGCCCCUCGAGGUUUGCAGGGGUGCCAUGCAUGUAUGUGUGAGCACUGCGUGAGCCACAGAAGGGGGUCCCUUUAAUGCAGUGACAGUGCGGAGGCUCAGGGAUGGCUUAAGAGCCACUGAGAACUGGUUUUAGUGUUUGCUGAAAACAUGCUUACAUUAUUAAAAGAAAUAUGUUUACAUCAGAUGACAGAAUCCUAAGCAAUAUGCUUAACUUUUUAAAAGUGGCAUAUUCCCAGAUACUUUCAUGGAGACUCCAUUUAACCACAGCUGUAUAACUACCCUCAUUGCAAUUUGGUCCCCAAGUGGUUGUGUGCAAACAGUGACAUUAAAGGCAUUGAGCCCCACCCUGCCUUGGUAAGGCAGGCCAGGUGCCAACCUUUUACUUAGAGACUCCUCUGGGCCCUCUCGGGGCUGUCCUUAGCAACUAUGGGCACCAGUGGCCUUGCUGUCCCAGUGUGUCCAGAGAGGGUCAGGGUAUCUAUAGAACAGAAGCAGCUCCCCAUCCUGGCUGGGGGAUCACGCCCCGCCCUCAAAGGGGUUGAUAGAAUGCCCAAGGAUACCUUCAUUUUUCAAACUCUGAGCUAAAAGGUGGCCUAAAGAGGCCUUUGGCUUUGAUGGGAUAAGUCUUAUUUCAAACUCCUGUUAGACACUUCCACAAUUCACACUUGGGUUCUAGAACCAUGUCCAAGAGGAAUGAGAAGUAAGCAGUAACAAUUAGGAGCAAGUGAUGGGACCUCUGAAGUCUCAUCUAGUGGUCCUUGCUCCCCUCAGUGUCACACACAGAUUUGUUUGGAAAAUGUUAAACCUUGAGGGAUGAUGGGAAGUAACCCUCUCAUUUUACACACAAGGAAAAUGAGGCCCAGGGGAAUGAAAGGAUUUGUCCCGGUGCAGGAAGUGAGUCAGUGGCCGAGCUUUUUAUCUCCAAUCUGCUCUCUAUUGUUAUCCCAUUGCUUGAUCUGGAAUGGGGGAUUUGCAGAAUCAGAAUAGGAAAAAUUGUCUUUAUUAUGUUCCUUGCUGCCCAGGGUGCUAAAGAGGGCAUUCAUUUUCCUUUGCCAUUUUUACCUCUCUACCUUAAACAGGAUUGUUAUGAUCCAGCUAUCAAAUCCCUUGACAUUUGCCCCCUCCCCUCACAUCAUUAGGGUUAAAGUUCAGUUAAGUGAGCCUGUAAUUUUUAAAAAUUUUGUCUCAUUGCAAAGUUAAGUUCCUAAAUUUUAUUUCAUCAGCUUUUAUUUGAUCUUUAAGAUUCAAAUGGUUCAAUGUAGUUGUCUGUGAAGAUAACCUAAAAACAUGAGGAACAAUUUAAAAAUAUUUGACCAAUUGCUUCUUUAUUCGAUAUUGAAAGGAAUAUUUAAAUAUGUCUAAAAAGAUCUAGUUUUUUUCAUAGUUGAUAUGUGAUAAUUUAUGGAAUUUAUUUUUUUAUCAUUGCAUUACUAUUAAUGUAAAUUUUAUUGAUCUAAAAUAUCUUUUUUUUAAAGAUUUUAAACAUUUAUUAACUCAUUUCCUACUGUAAUAUUUGGGGCCACAUUUUAUUCAGUGCUUCAGAAUAAUUCUGGCUCAGGAAUCAGAAGCGUGGGCUUCCAAUUCCACCUCUGAGGCUUCCUCCUCUGUCAGCUUGGGCAAGUCACUUCUCCCCUGUGUGGGCCUCAGUUUCCUCAUCUGUGUUCUGAGGGGUAGGGACUAGAUGGGCUUGGAGGUCCGUUCUGGCCUCGGAUCUGCUGUCCUAGAAUAUGUCUGGUGUGGUGAUGGUUUUUCAGCUGAGUUUACAGAAAUGGGCCAAUUGCCAUGAGAUUACAAAGAAAUUGUGUAACAGGGAUGUAAUGUGCAUUGUAGUGACAACGUCUGCAGGCAUUGAGGUCUCAGUGAUUGAGACAUACUGUGUGUAGGGGGAAAAAAUCAAAAUUUUAUCCCUGUUCAGGUCAGGGUGGCAGCCUUCAGCUUCAGUGUGAGAUAUGCUGACCACACUUGGAGAGAGCCCAACUGGGCCUCUGUCAAAUGUGCCUUAGACAAGGUUUUGAAACUGCCCCCGUGGGCGUGACGAUCCGUCGAAGGGUUUGAGCCUUCACCUUAAGUAACAUGUAACAUUCCAUUGGGGUGCAAAUGCUGAUGCUCCAUGGAAGAUGGGAUUUUCUGGGAUUGCCAAAUAAGCACACUUCCCUAUCAAAACCGUGCUGACAUGUGACCCUUGUCUCAGCCCUUGAGAAUCAGACCGUCCGCCCCAGGCUGCUGCUUUGGCCUCCAUGUGGCCACGAUAUCACCAAGCUCCGUGCCACAGUUGUUAAUGGGGCUGGACCAACCUAAAAGAUCACAGUGUGUGCAUGUGUGUGUAUCUUCCCACUAAUUCCCCUCCUCUCUGGAGGGCUGAUGAUGCCAGACCUGCCUAUCUUUAUAAUGGGUUGUUUCUAAUGUAUGUCAGCAUUUUUAUGUGCCAGGUAGGAAGAAAAGUCUCCAAGUUUAGCUUUUUUCAUGAAGACACUGUGUAAAUCUGUAUAGAAAUUUAUCAUGUGAGUAGUGUAAAAUAUGCCAUGUCUGCAUUUGUGAUGAUCUGUGUAUAGUCACAGUUAUGUUCAGGGAACUGUGUUAUGUAUUCUACGUGCUGCUCUUAGUAACAAAGCCACCGCCUUUCUUCCUGGUCCCAGUGGUGCAUGUGGGACUGAAUUGGUUGCUCCCAGGGAGGCUUUGCCACUAUCUUAUAAUAGUUUAGGGGUGGGGGUCAGAGAGGAAUCAUGGUUUGUAGAAAUGGGGGCAAGGAAGAGACUUCAUUUAUAAGUAAACAUAAACCCCCUUACAUAUCAAAGCACAAAAAUAAAUAUUUGAAAAUAAUGGGUUUUUCUCUCCCUUUGGCUUUUUGUAAAGUGUUAUAAGUGAGUGGUAAUGUUCAUGUUCUAAUGUUCUUUUAGACUGUGAGCUUGUGAGUUUUGUGGGAGUCUGCGUGUGUGUGUGAGAGAAAGAGAGAGAGAGAGAGAGAGAGAGAGAGAGAGAGAGAGAGAGAGAGAGAGAGAGAGAGAGAGAGAGUGUGCAGUAGAUGCGUCAUUAAUUCAGGUCCAGGAGCUUAUCAUCAGAGUACCCACACACAGGAAAAAUAAACUCUAGAAAUUCUUUGAAACUGACUUUCUUUUUCUUGAAUAAGAUGCAGCAUUUCAGUGAAUCCCCUAAAAAUAGAGGGAAAAUUUUUGUAGUUGUUAGUGUGUGUUUGGAGGAAGUCAGUGCUGACAUUAUCUCUAUUAAACUAAUUUGGAAAUCCCACCUGGAGAAUAGCACCAUUUAUUAUUUAUUGCCCAGUUUUUAAAUAUACUUUUUUUUAGAUCUGUGUCAGAUUACCUAAAGAUAGAUAUGCAAAGGAGAAACUUGAAUUCAUAAGCAUUUGAGUGUUGGCUUUAAAUAUGCCCAGUCCAGGCAUUUCAGAGGAUUAAUUGAAUUACAGAUUUUCACUGUGUUGUAUAAAUACAGCUGGCAAAAUUUUUUAGGGCAAAAAAUAUGGUGGAUGUGCUAGCUUUGUUAUAUUUGAGUAGUUUUUUAAUGUGCUAGUAUGAAUUCCUUCCUAUAACAUCUCCAAUACAAAAGCUUUCAAUCUUUUUUUAAUAGUAGUUAUUGGCAAGAUAAUCAAGGGAGAUUUCCCAGUAAUUAUGAUCUAGGACCUUCUAAAGCACAUGCACACACACGCGCGCACACACACACACACACACACACACACACAAAUAGACAAUUAUCUGUACUAAAACAAAGAAUUCAUAUUUGCUCUAGCAACUAUCAACCUCAAAAUUUUUAAAUUUUAAUUUUUUAAAAAUAAUUUUUUAUGUUAAUAGAAUAUCCCCAUUUCUGUUUUUGUCCUCAAUUGUAAUCCUGGCUCUGCUACUGAUUACUACCUGUGUGACCUUGGAAAAAUCAUUGUAACUUCAGAGGCCUCAGUUUUAUCUGUAAAUUGGGUGGAUUAGAUGAAAUGAUCCCUAAGGUUCCUUCUGGGCCUUGAACCUACGACCUAUCUCCUGUAAGAGCUGACGUUUUUAUCGCAGAUUUUCCAUCCAUUGUCUCAUUUGACAAAUGACAAAAGUGAGUUUUCCUAAGCUCUCACAGCUGGAGAGGCAGCUGCUGAGUUCCUCUCCCCCCACCCCACCUCACCCUGGGCUUUUUCCUCUGUACCUUCCUGCAGAGGGAAUGCCUUUCCAGAUGUGCAUUCAAAGCAGAAAGGACUUGAAAUUUUGUUAGUAGUUUCUCAGUUGAAUAUAUUCCAGUACAUCGAGGACAGGCUAAACCCUGGCCAUUUUUAAUAAUAAUGCUAUAUUGAAUUCCCCACCACCCUCUUUUAAACUAAUCAUUACCGACUCAGUUUUAUUUUGAUAAUAUAAAGAUUGCUAGGCUGUGUAGGUAUAAGAUUUCUAUUUUAACAAAAAAAGGCAUUUUAUAUUAUUUAUUAAAUCCACACAUUUCUUUAAUUUCUAAAACAUUCCAUAUCAUUCUUGCUGCUUUUUUUUUAUCUGUAUAAUUAGGUAUUUAAGGAGAUAGCAGUUCUUUUCACAUAGGAGAAAUGUCUUUUUAAAAAUGGAGUUUAAGUGAAUUUCUUUAAACUCUGUCCAGCUUACCUGUUCAUAGAAAUUCAGAAGGUUUCUUUUUUUAACUAAAAAAUUAGCCCGCAUUAAAGAGAGAAUGGUUUUAGGCAGCAGUAUAAUAUCUGGCCACCAAGGAACAGAGUACACAGCCUAAUUCUUUUCGCCUGUAAAAUGUACAUGCCUUUUGGUGUCUUGCCGUGAAAUACUGCUUUAAUCUACCUCUUCCAAAAGCUUCAUAGUUGUUGACAAAUUCCAAUCUGGCUGUUACAUAAGGUAGCACAUUUUCGGUUAAUUUCCUGCUUUGUUGUUCCUUAUGUGACCUAGAGGUUUUUUUUCUUAAGUCUGUUGAAUUUUUAUGGAAUCCUAUGACCUGUGGGGAUUCCAGACUGUCUGUAUAUGAGAUCUCUCACGACCUGGGUUAUCGCUGCUGCUUCUGCUCAGUGUUCUGUUUUUUAGGCCAGGAUGUACCAUCCACAAUUAGAGCUGGCCUGGUCUCAAUGAAAAAUACUGACCAAAUAGGAGAUCAGACCAAAUCUGUAAUGGGAUAGCAUUUCUAUAGGAGAGUUAAGUAUUAAACACAGGUUGUAGGGGUGGCAUGUGCCUUGAAUUUCAAUGGGAUCAUUUCCCCUGGCCAUUUCAAAUGAGUUUGGAACAUUAAAUUAGAGAUGUGCUUCGGAUGCACGGCAGGUUGUCACUGAAAUGCACAAUCUUUCUAGUGCCUCAUAGAUGGCUUUGGAAUGGUGUGCUAAAAGGGAUUUCAAAAACCAGAAUCCUUGUGGGGAAAAAUAAAAAAAAAUAAUGAAGCUGUUAAUUUCUUUGAAGAGCAGAUUCUUUUUCACAGCCUAACAUUAUUUAGUUACCUAUUCUCCCCUACAGAUUUGAGAAGUAUAGGAGUAUAUUCACAUUCGUAGCAGAAUCAUUUAUGGAAUCCUUGAAAAAAAGAAAAGUACCUUGUUUUCUGUGUGUGAGAGUUAACCCAAAAAGGCCAGUACUCCUGUAAAUAACCUGAGCUAUCAUACCUAGGAAACGUCCUUGUUUAUUCCCUUCUGAACUUCAGCUGUUUUCCUAUUUAUUGUGCAAAUAAAGUUUGUUUUUUAAUUUCUCCGUAUACCACAUAACCAGUGCACGUUCAAAGUCUCUUCUUCCUUGGAAACUGUUCCCCGCUAAAGGUAACUGUCAGCGCCGUUCAGGAUUUUUGUGCCACACUCGGUCAAUGCUAUCGUCUUUGGGAGCGAGAUAACUUGGUUAUUUUUUCUGUGUUGGUCAAUUGCUCAUAUAAAAAGAACCCCAAUAAAAGAACCUGUCAGUGUA